GUCUAUAUCGUAUAUAAAUCACCGCAGGACCGACAAAGGACGCGCAUAACAUGGCGUGACCACGCUGGGACUGCUACAUUGUUGUGUUUUUUCGGUGUACGCGAAGUCCUGUGUUUCUUGUCCUGAGAUCGUCCGUAGGGAAUCCCAAGAUCUUUAGUUCCAUUGGAACCGUUGAUUGCAUCAGACCCAAAGACCGCAGCUAGAAACUACUUCGAGAUGGCCACCGCUGCAGCUACCAAUGGUAUCGCGAAGUAUCAUUCGAACGGGAUGAACGGAAUUGAGAUGGAGGAAGAGGAGGAGACCUUCCCAUUGAUCUUCACCGACGACAAGCUUCAAGACAACACGCUGUCCGCCUUGAACAUGAUGAGAAAAAACCGUCACUUUUGUGACGUUAUACUUCACGUUGGGAACGUCGAGAUUCACGCCCAUCGCGCUAUCCUGGCCAGCGUCUCACCAUACCUAUUCGAGCUGUUCUCCAACGAGGUGGAACAGAAGAGCACGGAAAAUGUGGUUUCCUACAAGUUGAACGGAGGAUUUGACAAAAGGGCUCUUCAGAUAUUGAUUGAGUACGCCUACACUGCUUCAUUGGAAGUACCUUUCGAUCAAGUAAAGGCUGUAUAUUUGGCCGCUUGCCAUUUGAAAAUCGAGCGUGUUGCUAGAUGUUGUGCACAGCACUUGAUCAAACAUCUGUCCGUGGAUAACUGCAUUGAAACCAGGUCUCUGCCAGGUAUUGCUCGCAACAAGGAACUCACUCAAAAAGUCGAUUCAUUUAUUGCAAAUGAAUUCGACGGCAUCACCGGGAGUCCAUCCCUAUUGAAUUUAUCUUGCGCCAGGAUUGAGAUUCUGAAUCAGUCCAGACAAGAGAUGAGUCAUGUCAACCAUAGCUCUCUAUGCCGAUUGGUACUUGAUUGGAUUCGCAAGCAGCUGAACGAGAAUUCUCUGACUCAUUUCAGCCUGAAUGAGAGGACUCACAUGCUAUACCUAGCCAUCGAUAAUUCGUUACAAGAUUGUACAAGCUUACCAACAGGCGAUAUUUGCGACACGGAUAUUGUGCAGGAUUACAAGAAAAUGUCUUUGAAGAACGUGACAGGAAACUCGAAAGCCAAACGGAAGUCUCUCGUGCAGCCAAGCAAACCCCGCGUGUUGAUAUACUCGCGCGAAAUCGGUGAGGAUUUGGAAGCGGAAGCGGAACCCGAUUGGAAUCUGAUCGCUUCCUCUCGUGUCGGAGAGCACUGUUUCUUGGCGUUAGUGACACUAGCCGGAAAAUUAUGCACUCUAUCGGUGCAAUUAAGAUUGAACAUGCCUACAACACCUUCCCCAAUUGCCACACCCGACGUCAGCCGACCAUCGAGUGAAGAGAAACCCGACUUGUAUUGCGCCCUUGCCAACAUGUCGAAUCCCCGAUGCGCCGUUGGUUGUGGUAACCUAAACAACAACCUCAUCGUUUGCGGUGGAUACGAUAGGAUAGAGUGUCUGAAAACCGCAGAGCUUUAUAACCCAGAUUCUAACACGUGGACCGCUCUUCCUCAGCUGAAGGAGAGCAGGGGUCGAUUCCAAAUCGCCGUUCUCGAUGAUAAAGUAUACGCUAUUGGAGGAAGCAACGGUACCACAGAGUUGGAGACUGUUGAGAUGCUCGACAUGAAUCUAGGAAAAUGGACGAGUCAACCUAGGUUGCCUUUAGCACGCAGCAAUCCAGGAGUUUGCGAUUUGAAUGGAAUAAUCUACUGCGUUGGAGGAUGGAACGGUCAAGUUGGCAUCAAGCAGUGCGACGUUUUCGAUCCGAAGACACAAAAGUGGACUUCGAUUGCUCCACUGAACAUUGGCAGAUACCAAGCUGGUUUAACUGCGUACGGGAAUCAGGUUUACGCAAUCGGCGGUUGUGAUUCGUGGAAUUGCCUGAGCUCCGUGGAAGUGUAUAACCCGGAGGACGAUGUUUGGGUUAUGAUUAAGUCGAUCAUCACAGCUCGCAGAGGUUGCGGUGUUGCUGUUUUCAACAACAGGCUAUACGUUGUUGGAGGAUCCGAUGGAUCGCACUCUUUGAGCUCCACAGAAAUCUAUGAUGCCAAGCAGCAAACCUGGGUGGUUGGACCUAGCAUGACGACGCCCAGGGCUAAUGUAGAAGUCGCCGUCGUCGGCAACAGGCUUUACGCAGUUGGUGGUUUCUCAGGCAAAACUUUCUUGAAUACUAUUGAAUAUUUGGACGAGAAUUCCAACGAGUGGACAACAUUCGUGCAAAAGGGUUUCUGCCGGAGCCGAACCAGCUCCAGACAGAGCUUCUCUGAGUCCAAUCCAGUAAUAGAUUCAAUUAUAAAUGGGACCAUCGUUACUCAUUAAAUAUAAGUGCAUGGCUAAUUUGUUUAGGAUUUAAGCAUAUAUAUAUUUAAUUAAGUAUAAUACGAAUAAGAAUAAGCAAAAGAAGCCCUUUUUCCAUCGACCCUUUUACAUUGGAAAUACAUUUUUUAUAUAUCUAUAUACAUGUUACGAAUUAAGUUUUUCUUCUACAUUUACUUUCACUCCGCGUGAAUCUUUAUUUAUGUUCGACCACAUAUCGUUUUAUCCGUUUUUCGGUGAUUUUGAUUCCUCUUUGAAGCAUUUAAAAGAACACUUAUACACUAUUUGAAGAAUAACAGAAAUUUACCUAUAUAUUGAAAUAUAAAUUGAAGGCUGGCAUUUUAUAAUGAAUAAUAAAUGAAAACAGUUAAGGAAUUAUUAUAUUAAGUACAGAUCAGUAAGAAAGAAAAAUAAAUAUAUAUUUUGCAUACUCUUUUAUCAAUCACUCGCAAUAAAUGGAAAAAUAUUAUAUAUAUGAAAGAAAACGUGAAAUGAAAUGAAACUAUUUAUGGAUGAUGAAAGGAAAGUACAUGAAAGAAAUUAUUAAUUUUAGGAAGUGUUUUUGGGAUAAUUAUAUAUGGAUGUAUGAUGUAGUAGUAUUGUUAUUAUGAGGAUUCUUAUUGGCCUACGUGAGGAUAACAUAUGUGUAAGAUAUUUUUCUUUUCGUUUGUGUAUUGCGUUGUCUCAUGGCUUACAUAUUAUAUAUACACUAUUUUUUUUUUCGUUUCCGAAUAAAUUGUUAAGUUUGUUCAUUAUUAUAUUA